AUGUCAGCAAAGUCUGCAGCAUCGUCUCGCCCAUCGGCUACCAAUGUUUUUCCCAUGACAAUCGCCGGCAGUUUUCAAUUCACCAACCCAAUAGUGUCCUUUAACUCGGGUGAUCAUCCUCGAGACAUCUAUUGUUUGGUGGACGAAACAGGCGGAGGAUUACUCGUUCCAUGGAUAAAAUACGCGCGUUCAUCUGGAGACUACAACAUCCUCGAGGAAUACCUGGAUACCGCUGUACGUUCCUUCAUGUACAAUGGCGGAAAGGGAAAACUGGUGGCUAUCUCGGAGUUGGUGAAGAUAAGGAACGAUCAGAGGAAUGCCUUAUUGGGGGCUUUACGUCGAAAGAAAGGUCGUGGACAGGGAGCCCCAAACAUUCUUGAUUACAUCAAUCAAGAACAGAAUGAGGGUGGAGUUUUAAAAGCUUUGAAAAUCUUGGAUGGAGCCAACUUCAGCAAUCAGCACAAGAUUCUUCGCUAUCGAGAAAUCGUUUGGGAUAUUAAUCAAAGAGGAAAAAUGGGUGAAACUCUUCUUCACAUUUGUCUCCUUCACAACACUACUGAAAUGAAUGAAUUGGCAAAACAAAUCAUUAUAAGAUUUCCAAAAAUUGUAAACGAUAUCUUCAUCUCUGAAGAUUAUUAUGGAUUUUCUCCUUUACAUCAAGCCAUCGUUAAUGAAGACCUAGCAAUGGUGUAUUUUUUGUUAAAAAAUGAUGCUGACGUUCAUCAAAGAUGUUACGGUUCUUUCUUUUGUGCUGAUGAUCAGAAGAGCUCUCGGAGUGAUUCUUUAGAAUAUGAAUGGGUUGAUCUCAAUCAGAAUACAAACUAUACUGGCCAAAUGUACUGGGGUGAGUACCCGCUUUCUUAUGCCGCAUGUACAAAUCAAGAGGACUGCUUUCGACUGCUUCGAGCAUUCAAAGCUGAUCCAAAUCAUCAAGAUACAAAUGGGAACACUGUGCUUCACAUGUGUGUCAUUCACAAUGUUCCAGAAAUGUUCACCUUGGCGUUUAGCCUUGGCGCAAAUCUCCAUAUCAAGAACAAUUUACAGCUUUCUCCACUGGCUUUAGCGGCUAGAUUGGCUAAUAAAAAGAUCUAUGAUUUAAUCCUCUCACUUGAAAUGGAUAUUGUUUGGAGGUAUCGAGACGUUGUUUGUAAAGCCUAUCCACUUGUUGAUAUUGAUACAAUUGGUGAAGAAGCAGCUGAUCUUAACAUGAACUCAGUUUUAGCUAAUAUUGUUUAUGGAGACAAAGAGCAACAUUUAGAGUUUUUUGAUGGUUUUAUUGAUCAACUCUUACAAAAGAAAUGGGAAACAUUUGGGAAAAAACGAUUGCUUUAUUCAUUGUUCUGGUUUUUCUUUUUAUUGACUUCAUUUUAUGCGGCAUUCAUGACAAGAAGAGUUUCUCUAUUGGUAGCUAUUGAUGAUAUUUUGGAUAAUCAAACAAGAAUCGCAUUGAAUUCCGAUCUUUCACUUGAAGUUAUUAUGGCAUUGAAUGAUGAAGAAAAAGCUGUGAUCGAGCAGUGUCAUUUGCUUUUUUAUGGAAUUUCGCAAAGAGAAAAUAUCCGUUUCUUCAGUGAAAUGAUGACCGUUUUCCUUGUCGUUCUCCACAUUGCAAGAUUGGCUACUGAAGUACAAGACUCUGGCAUCCUUGUCUACUGGGAAACGAUUAAAUCAUUCCCUGAGAAAUGUCUCUUUAAAAUCUCACUCGCUCUAAUCGUUUUGAUGAUCCCAGUACGGUUCUCUUGCGGUGUUCACUCGAGUUUUCUCUUCAUUGAAAACAUUCUCGCAAUCACAUCAGUCAUGAUGAUGACAAUGCAUUUUUUGUUCUUUUGCAGAGGUCUAAAAUUUGUGGGCCCUUUUGUACUAAUGGUCUACAAGAUCAUCCUCGUCGACAUGCUUCGUUUCUUCUUGAUCUAUCUCGUUUUUCUUCUAUGUUUUAGUCAAUCUUUCUCUAUAAUCUUUCGAGCUUGUGAGAGAGAGGAGAUCGUUCAUAUGAAGAGAAUGAAUAUUACUACAGAUGAUUAUCAAAGAAAAUUUACAAAUAUUAUGGAUACUCCAUGGUCUUCAAUUAUGAGAAUGUUUAUUAUGAGUGUUGGCGAAUUUUCAGCUUUCUAUCGUAAUCUUCAUGAAUGCAAAUCGAAUAUGGCACAGAUGGGAAAGGCUCUUUUCAUCAUCUAUGAACUUCUUGUAACGGUCAUGCUUUUAAAUCUCCUAAUUGCUAUGAUGACUCGAACUUAUGAGAAGAUUGCUGAAGCUGAAAAAGAAUGGAAAAGACAAUGGGCUAAAGUGAUCUUGAUGAUUGAACAAUCGUUAUCGAGUUUCUCUCGAAAAAUGGCUCUCUACAGUUACUCAAGACCAUUGAGAUCCGAUAUUCGACAAAGAGCAUUCAUUGUGCUUGAGAAAGGACAAGGUCCAACUCCUGAAAUUCACACGGAGCCCACGAGAAAACGCUCAUCGAUGAUCCGUCUCUCUCCACACAAUCAUCUUUCACGAAUCGGAUCAACAAGAAAUUGGAAACCAAAA